GUGAAAAACCGGGCCCGUCUAACAACACUGAUGUCAAGGUGAGUUGGCACUGUUGGUAGUGGCAAUGGCACGCGUUAUCGCGUUUUUAAGUUUCAGUUGUCAUCGAUUCGCUUAAUGAUAGCAUAGUAAUAGUAGAUGAUAGCGUAAGGUUUUUCGAACGUGUCGUCUAAGGCUGCCGUUCUUCACUCCAUGUGUAUUUAUACCACGAGAUAAUACAGUCGAUGAAUACAGAACAAAUCGUAGCAAUAUGGCACAACAUAUCAGAAAAGCGGCGUUAUUUUUAUUUACUCGAGAAUGUAUAAAGGAGUACUUCGACGAGUUCAAUUUUUUCCAUGUCGGAUGCUUCAAGGCAACGUUGAGCAAAGGUCUAGGACUAGGUAUCAUUGGAGGUUCCUUGCUUGUGAAGAUACCUCAAAUUAUAAAGAUUCUAAAAAAUAAAAGUGGCGAAGGAAUCAAUAUCUUCAGUGUAUUAUUGGAUCUAUUCGCUAUCACCGCAAUGUCUUCCUACAGUUUCAGCAGUAGAUUUCCAUUUAGUGCCUGGGGAGAUGGAGUAUUUUUGGGAAUUCAGACUUUAAUUAUUGCGGUCCUAGUAAUGCAUUAUAAUGGAGAUACAGCAAAAGCAACUGCAUUCCUUUCUGCUUAUCUAGCAGUAAUUUGCGCAGCUAACAGUGGGUUAACGCCUAUUCAUGUUCUUUGGGCGUUCCAAGCACUGAAUAUACCCGUUGUCCUUUUUAGCAAGUUAAUACAAGCCUAUACAAAUUAUACUAAUGGAAGUACCGGCCAAUUAUCAGCAGCUACAUGUUUUAUGCUCUUCUUGGGUUCUCUCGCUAGAAUCUUUACUUCCAUUCAAGAAACGGGUGAUACAACUAUGAUAACAAUGUAUGUGUGUUCCACUCUGGCAAACGGUAUAAUAGUGGCGCAGCUUCUUUAUUACUGGAAUGUGGAUGUAAAAAACAAAGAAAAGCUUAAGAAAAAAAGCUAGAGUAAAAAAAAUAGAAAUGUUUAUAUAUAGCGCGUGCAAUUGAUUAUUUACACACCCAAUUUAAAAUAACGCGCGGCUGUAAAAAAAUUUUGUAUGAUAUUUUACAAGCUCAAUAUAAUAUGAAGACGAAUGCUUGGGAAUUACUUUCUAUAAGGAAAUAAAUUUCUGAAAAUGUUUUUCACAUACAUACAUACCCAGAUAAUGUAUUUGUAUUUUGUUGUUGACACGUUGCUCGCAAUUAUAACAUAUGGUAUCAAAAUUGUAACAAGUGAAUCCGAUUGGUAGAGUCCGAAAAUCAAAACUAUACUUUAUUUAGUUUCAGCGAAACCGAAUAUUUGAUCAGUCUUUAGUUUCGACCGAAUUUGAAACCGAAAUCGAAACUCACAAAAAAUAUGAAAAUUUUAGAAAGUCUAAAAAGAGUUACAUACCUAUAGGCGCAUGCACAAAAAUAUCCUAUGCGCGCGCAUGUGUGAGUGUGCGUAUUUGUCUAAUAUGAUAAAUACUGAUAACACUGGGCGACGUGGCUUUGUUGUUCGAAUAAAAUGUAUCGCGCUGGACACGAAUCCGGCAAUCAAAUUGCUCCAUCACAUCAGGUUUUUGAAAAAAAUGAGGUUAAAGGCACACACACACACACACAUACACACAUAUAAUCUUUAAGAACAUAAAUUAUCAAUAGUUUAUCACAUAUUUAGUGUCAUUAUUACCUUUUUAUUAGAGAAUUACAAUUUUUUUAUUAUGAACUGUGACACACUGAUUCUACUAUCUGUAGCAUCACAAGUCAUAUUAUCUUGCUAACAAUAAAAUUUUGAAACAUAAAAUAAAAGUAUUUUUUAAACAAGUCUGGCAAAUUAUUAAAAAAUAAACAUUUUAUAUUAAUAAACGUUGCAACUUCAGUUUCGGUCACGUGACCGAAUCUUUUAUUCAGUUUUGGCUGAAACCGAAACUCAGCUAAAUCUUAAAUUUUUGACCAAAACUGGCCGAAACCGAAUAUUUGGUUGGACUCUUAUUUAUUGGUAAAAUUGAUGUCUUCGUAUGACAACUUUUGAUAACGACAUACCAGCAAUUUAUGUUCUGAAAUCGUCUAAUUUAAAAUUGCUGUGGCUGUUACUAUAAUAAUUUAUAGAAUCACACAAUGCUUUGCCGAAAUACGAGGUAACUUUUGGUGCUUGCCAUUAAAUUUAUAUGUAUGCAUUGUAUGCAAUAUACAGGGUGAUUAUUAAUGACUGUUUCCAUGUUUUACCAUAGGAGCAUGAUUUACCGAUACAUACGUAUUUCUAACAUAUUAUAUUAGAAAUUAUAAAUGCGUGCUCCUAUGGUAAAAAGUGGGAACAGUCAUUAAUAAUCACCCUGUAUGCAUGUUUCAAUGUCGGUAUAUUCAAACUUAUUGGAGACAAAUACGCUGCAAGUUGUCAACCUCAUAAGCAAUCACAAAUUUGCGCAAUUUUGCUUAGGUACAUUUGAUUAUCUGGGCAGGAAUAAUUUAGUAUUACACAUAUAUAAUUUGGAACUGUAACAGUUAAUUAAUACCAUUUUACAACCUGGAAAUCAAAGUAGGAACAAACAAUAUUGUUUUAUUAAAAGAUGAGAAAUGACAAUAUAUUAUAAAGUGUCACUUAUUAAGCAUUGUAUAAUUAGAUAAGACUGGAUUAUUGACAUAAUCAAUAUGUUUGUUACUUUUCCAAUAUAAAACGAAACAAUAUCUUUUGUACUUAUUUUACGGAUUGUAAAAUAAGAAUUUCAUAUAUUUUCUGUAUUAUAAUUUAUUACUGCAAAUUCUUAAUUUGUAUUGUUAAUAAAAACAUUAUUUACGUAUUA